AUGCAAGAUUUCAAUCGUCGACACUUUCCCUUUGUCGGCGAUAAUACUAAUGCAAGUGGUACUACAAGUCCGUACGAGUUGACCAAGAAUUGUGACUUUUACAUGACCAUGACCUUUCGAGACAGCGGCAGAGAUUUCUUUUUGACUGGCAAAGCCUGGCAAGAUGCCUUUUAUAAGAAUAUGAUGAAUGAUAGCCAAACGAUGUUCCAACGACCCAUGGCGGUUGUGGGGCCGUGGUCCAGCCAUAUCUCGGCCCAGUUGGCCACUUUGGCCGCCGUUACAACUUCCUCCACUACGAAUGAUGAUGAUGAUGAUAAUUUGGGAUUCAUUUCCAUUUCUCCCGCUUCGGCCACACCCUCCUUGGACGAUCGCACUCGCUAUCCCUGGUUUGCCAGGACACAAGUGACACCGGGAGACAUUGGCAGUCAAUUCGUCACCUUUGUCCUCACCAAGCUGUGGGGUGUGCGACAAUUUGCCAUUCUAUAUCCCCAAACCGGAUUUGGAAGAUCCGUUCAGCGGGGAAUCCUAAAACACAAUCUAGGAAGAGUCUUUUCGGCCAGUUAUGUUCCGGGGGACCCAGAGUCCAUGAAAGAGGUUGUGGCGCUCCUAAAGUCAAAAGAAUUUGUGUAUUAUUACUGUGUGGGUUGCGCCGACCAUCAACUCAUUCUACAACUCUACGAUGCCGGGUUGAUGGGACCGGGUACCAACACCAUGUGGAUGUUUGUGGGAAGCGUUAUUGAGGGGCUCUUGACGACGGUCUCCGACCCAGAAUCUCGCGAGGGGGAUGUCCACAAGGCUAUGAAUGGAUCCGCCUAUGUGGCCUUGCAGUUCACCAAGGAAUCCGAACAACCCACCAUUGCGCGACACAUUGCCCAAUGGCAUCGUCGGAAAUUGCAAUUUCGACAAGAUCCCGUCGCCACACGAUACCUACAAUCUCGGAUGCGGGGAGGAGCACUGGAGUGCAACCAAAUUGAUGACGAUAGCAUCAGGACUACCAACAGUUGCAAUGCCAAUAAUAGCACCGCGCUGUACGAUUCCCUCCUCAACAGGUCGUCGUUCAAGGCCAGCUACAUUGACCUAAACACCUACGAUGCCGUCUUGGCGUUUGGGAUUGCCGCGUGCCAGACACCUGACUUUACCACACAAUCCUUGUACGAUACACUCAAGCACGUGGAAUUCUUUGGGGCUUCCUACCAUGUUGCCUUUAACACGACAACUUGCUCGCGACGGGCAGAUUCGUUCGCGGGCUUUCUGUUCAAUAUACUGAUUGACAACAACAACAACAACAACAACAAACAAUAA